UGUGGUUUCGCGAAUUGUAGUGAUAUUUGUACAGAAUUUUGGUUAAUUGCGAAGAUACGUGCCAACUAAUCAAGUGCAGAUCAGUAAGUUCAGAGGACAAUGCAAUUUUUCGAAAAGGAAAAAUGUUUAGUCAUAAGAAAAGGCAUAGUCGCUUGCCUGGCAGAAUAUCAUCAGUGAUUGAUAAUAAGUUUGUAUACAAAGAUGGAUACAAGUUGAAGAAGGAAAUUGCUGAUAUUGUUCAAAAGGAUAUUAAGUUCUCCAAUAACUUAUUUGUAAAGCUAAUUGAUAUAAAACUACAUACCAAAGAUGCUGGAAGUAAGUCUAAAAAUGCCUCUAACCGACAUCUAAGAGGGGUAUCUCAAAGCAAAGAGGAGUCACCAGACCCUUGUUUCAGUCAUAAUUCUAAGAGGAUUCCUAAAAAUAAACUGGACAUACAAUCAGUAUCAAUGAUGACCAAGUCAAAAAAUAAAUCAAAACCUAAAGAAGAAGUGCCCUCCACUCAAACCAUUAGCAAGAAGAAGAAAUGGAAACGUUCCAAUGUAGUGGAUUGCAGUUUAACACCCAUCACAUCUAAACAUCAUUUUUUUACCGGCUACACUAUUCCAACAUUGCAUCCAACAUUAACUAGAAAUAAAUCUAGACUUCAAAAUAUUGAAGAUGCUCACCUUCAUUGCAGAUCUACUUUAAAAACGAAUAUCCAUCAACCUGAAACAACCAUUUUAAAUACAGAGAGUAAUAACAAACUUUUGGAUAAUUCUCAACAAGUCCAAUUAGAAGUAGGCUGCAGUAAAGUUGAUGCAGAAUCUAAACAAAUAAGUGCUGUAAAGCCGGUUCAAAGAGUUCAAAGAAAAACGCGUCAAAAUUCGAGCGACGAUAAAGCAAUUGAAGAGAGAUCAAUUUCCAGCUGUAAUGCAAAAAAUAUCAUCAGAAAACCUGAAAUUUCGAAGCUUGAUGCUCAAACUAAAAAUAAAGAGAGAAAAUUGAAAACAACUCAGUGUAAAGUGCCAAUUGAAUCGAAAUAUGCAAUAACCGGUAAAACUGAGCUGCUGGAAUCUGAUGGUAAUUUUAUGAAAAAAAAUUUCAGGACAACUAUAACUUUGAAGUCUGUACCGAUUUCUACCGGGAGUUCUAAGAAAAAACGGCGCAAAUCUACACAGAAUAAUGAGGCUAUAGAAUCAGAAACGAACCUUCUCACAUCCAAUAAAUCUGAGAAACCAGAGUCUGUGAAAGACGAGAAACCAGACGCGGUGUUAUCAUCAAAUUUAGCAGAAGGAAAUAUCGUUGAAAAUAAACCGGAGUUUGACAAGAGCAAGAAGAAACGUCGUAGAUCGACAAUCGAGGAUACGGUAGCCGAGUUAAGUGUUAAUAUUGAAACUAAGAGAAAACGUGUUUCAACAUCAAGAACUUUAGAUCAGAAAAUUGCAGAUGCUUUCAAAGAUACUGCACAUGAAGAAAUUCCUACUAGCAAUAAGAGCAUAACAAAACAACGCAGGUCUACAAGACACAAUGACACAGUUCAAUCCAAGAUUGAUGAAACGAAGAUCGAACCUGCAAGGAAUAAACGUCGCCGGUCGAUAAAGGAUGAUAAUAUAGGUGAAUCUAAAUUAGAAAUUGAUAAGGAUACAAUCAAAAUAAAACCGGUUAACAAAAUAACUUCAAACAUUGUAGACAAACAAAUAGCAACUUCCAACAAUUAUACAAAAACUGAACCAAAUCCUGAAACGGUGCCUAGUAGGAACAAGAAAACAAGGCAUCAGUCGACACCGUUAGAAAAACUUGAAACUGAAUUACAAAAUAAGAGAAAUGACAAUGAUGGAAAAAGUGUUGAUAAAUUGACAUCAAAGACUAAGCAUAAAAAAAUAACAGUUGGCGAUUAUGUUACAAAACCUGAACCAAUUUCUGCGCCGGUUAACAAAAAUAAAAGAAAGCAUCGGUCGUCGACGCAAUUGGAAGAACUUAAACCUGAUAAUAAAGAUAAAUUUGAUAUAAGACUUGAUAAUAAAUUUACGACAGGUGCAGUGGAUAAGAUGCAUGUUAAGAAGAAAAGAAGAGGGCAGUCGUCACAAUUUGAAGAUAACUUUGAAUCUGAAUUAAACAAGGAAGAAGAUCAACUUGAUAGAAAAUCUAUUUAUAAACUUGCAUCAAACAAUAUAGAACAGCAAAUAACACGUGAUGUUACUAAAACUGAAGCAAAUACCAUAAAUGUUAAAAAGAAGAAAAAAAGGCGGCCGUCGACACAAUUAGAAGAUAACAUUGAAUCUGUUCCUAACACUAAACCAACUCUCAUAACUGCUAAAAGGGAAAGGCGAAAGUCGUCACAAUUAGACAAACUAGAAUCUGAAUUAAAGAACGAAGAAGCAGAUCUGGAAGGGAAUUCUGUUAACAAACUUGCAUCAAAUAAUAUAGACCAACGGAUAAGACUUGUCGAUGUUCCUAAAACUGAACCAAUUCUUAUACCAGGUAAGAGAAAAAGCAGGCGUAAAUCGACACAACUAGAAGACAAUCUUGAAACUGAAUUAAAGAAGGAAGAAGCUGAUUUCGAUGGAAAUUCUAUUAACAAACUUACUACGAGGAAAAGCAGGCGGAAAUCGACACAACUAGAAGACAGUCUUGAAACUAAAUUAAAGAAGGAAGAAGUUGAUCCCGAUGGAAAUUCUAUUAACAAACUUGUAUUAAAUAUCGUAGACCAAGCAAUAUCAUCUGACGCCGAUGUUCCUAAAACUGAACCAGUUCUCAUACCAGCUAAGAGGAAAAGCAGGCGGAAAUCGACACAACUACAAGACAAUCUUGAAACUGAAUUAAAAAAGGAAGAAGCUAAUCUCGAUGGAAAUUCUGUUAACAAACUUCCAUUAAGUAAUAUAGACCAACGAAUAACAUCUGUCGUCGAUGUUCCUAAAACAGAACCAAUUCCCAUACUAACUAAGAGGGAAAGAAGGAGAAAGUUAACACAAUUAGAAGACAAUCUUGAAUCUGAAUUAGAGGAGAUAGAAGCUGGUCUUGAUGAAAAACCUAUUAGUAAACCUGUUCUUAAGAAGAAAAAUAAGAACCAAACAUCCAAACUGAAUGAUUUUAACAUAAAAGAUACUAAUAUAAUUAAUUCAAAUACUGAAGACCAAAAAACACGAAAUUACAUUGUUGAUACUAAAAGUGAAACGUUUUCUUUAAGUGCCAGAUCAAGUAGUUGCGAGUCGAAGUAUGGGGAGAGGAUACUUGAUUCUAUGUUAAAAUGCAAAAAGGAUGAACCUGCUAACGUUAAUGAUUCCAAGAAAGAUAUCAGUAAUGAUAUAAAUCUUUAUAAGUCGAAGAAGUUUGAAGACGCAACUGAUUCUAAAGUAAAGGGAACUAAAGAAGAAGUAAAAAUGAAAUCUCUUUAUGUAAAUAUUCCGAAUAUCUUAGACCAUCAACAUGCCAUUAAAUCAAUUCAUGUAGGUCGAAAGGAUAGGAAAAUUAAUCGAUACUCUGGACUGUAUAGUGACGUAUUUAAAUUUGAUGCAGAUCAUAAUAAGAAUAAAGCUGUUACAACAUUAGCUUCUAUUGCCAAAGAAAAACAUGUUAAUGGGUCCUUAGAUAAUAUUAGAACCAAGACUAGUUCACGCAAAUUACUACACAAUUAUAAUUAUAAAAUUGAAUCUCAUAAUGAAGUUGACGAUAAGAUAAUUGUACCUAAUGUAAGCGUUAGUAAAAGGAAAGAGAAAUAUCGAGAAAGAGAAAUUAAUAAUGAUAAAACUGCCACCAAAUGCAGUCAACCUAGACAAGAUGUUAUCAUGGUUGAUACUCGUGCACCUAAAGCUGAAGUUUCGUUCAAUAAUGAGAAAAUAGAAAAUUCGCAAAUUAACUGUGUUCUUGGUUUGGAAUGUGAACUACCUGCUGGUAUUCAAAGUGAAUCACCUUUAGGAUCUCCAACUGAUAUUGUAAAAAGCAUAUCCAAUAAUAACAAUGAAGGGAACAUCAAAUGCACUACGGGGAUUUGCGAAGCUACCUUUCGCAUGUUUAAAUCUGCUUCUGAUAACAACAUUUUAACUUCUAAGAAGGUUCACGAUAAAAGAAGUGAAAACUUAAGCACAAGUGAGCUAACAAAUCGUAACGAGGUACAACAGGAUACGCAAAUUAAAUCCAAUACAUUAACAUAUAUUUCAACGUCGAUUCCUCUUGAACAAAGUGAAGUCGAUGGUUCUACGACACGAAGGCAAUUAGGUUCGUUUAAAAUUCCUAAGAAAACUCAAAUCCCGAAAGUAUCAAAUGACGAAAAGAGUUUGGAUCAUCCGCAAGUAAAUCAGUCUUCUACAGGUGAGUGUGCCUUUCAGAAUCCGGGCCAGAAAAAUGUGGUAUCCAAGCGAAUACCGUCAAUCAUCAAGUCCACGGAUGUAAACUCAGACUUGAGAUCGAAAUUAAAUAUGCUUCGUUCGAUAAAAGCAAACAGAGCGUACGAUGAAAUAUCUAUAUAUGCCUCUACUGAAUUGGAAUCUGAUCUGGAGCUGGACGUUUCACCAGAAGAUUUAGAAAUUUUUGAUAAUUUAGAAGAGGACACGAAUGAGAGUAAAGUUCAAAAAGAUUUCCUCAAUAACUCUUCCAUUGGUCAGCUUGUGGGUGCGCCACUUUGCACAUCAACUCCAAUUGUGCCAAAUCCUAUCGUGACCAAUUGGCUGCACGGAUGCAAACCGUCCUCGAAAGGGGAAAUGAUUCCGAUUCUGAAGAUGACAUGCCGCAGCUUUAACCAUUGCGUAAAACCGGGAUGCACAUAUUUGCAUUCCUUACCACGAAUUUUUUUUGAAAUUAUGUUCGAGUCUACACAUGAGCAGUUGACCACAAUGACCUGGUUCCUGUUUAAAAAUUGCAAUAUGUUGGUUGCGAGGUUCGUGAUACCGGUGAUGUGUCAGGUAUACUCCGCUAACAACGACGACUCGGCUUUAAUAUAUCUCGUGCAUCAAUUAUUUAAGACUGGCUCCAGCACGACACCAGACAAGUUUUUUUUUAUACAACAAAUUCUAACUGCGCUUAGUUCAAUGUUGAACCAUAAGUACACAUUCUCUAAGGCAGUGCAGACAUUGCUCCAUAGUAAAUUAUACUACAGAAAUUAUUCACUCCCUGACAUUCUGUUGAGCUGCAUAUUGAUGAAACAGGACGUUCUCAAGCACCACUGGUCUUUGAUCAAAUUAGUUUUGAACAACAACGUGAAUAUUAUAAGUCCUCAAAAUAUUAACUGUAUCCUGGAGGAGACUAUUGCCGAGAACUAUGAACAUCUAUACAACGAUGUGUACAGAUAUCUGCUUCAAGAUAAUCCUACCAAUAUACUCAAAGUUAGACCUCAACUCUUUCUGGAUUUCAAGACGCAUCAUCGUUCUUUUGAAAAAUACCAGACUCCUAUACCUGCGCGUCCACCCUCUGCAACCUCGUUCUCCAUAAUCUCAAACGUAUCGGAAAUUUCAUACAAUGAAAUAUCCGUGGAAGAUGCUAAGAUUAUAGCAACUACAAUCUCGGAUGGGACAGUUGCUAGCUUUAUCGAUGUAAUUAAGAAAAAUUCCGUCGAUGAUUUUCAUAGUUCCGUCGUGACGCAUUGCAUAUCACAGCUAACGAAGGAAGACCUCUUUCUAGCAUUCCAUAAUUUUUUACUGGAAGUCGUUGAAUAUUCAAAGGUGAAUGAGUAUUGUCCAAAGCUUUUCAAACUCUUGAAUAACUUGAUAUUUAACUCGCUCCUAUAUUAUAAUAUAUACAAAUUGUAUAAGGAAGCUGGAGAAAUGCUGGUUAGUGUGUCCAUCGAUGAGUUGCUGCAGUGCAAGUGGUACGCGAACAAUAACUACAAAAGCAAUAUGCAAACCACUGACCAGAAGUUAGUUUUCAUCAUAAAGUUCUUGGCGAGAGGUAGAUAUUUCGAGGAGGCUUUCCAGUUGAUCACUCGCCCCGAUUUCGAGUUGGAUAAUAAAUGCAAGAAAGAACUGUACAACUACAAAACGAUCAUAGUCAAAGAAUUCAUAGAUUUGACGCUCGACGAUGAUUACCACGAUUACCGCAAUAUUAUAGAUUACUUUAUCAAAAACUAUCCAACUGUUUGCCACGAUUCAGGAAUUUGGAGAUCUUACAAUAAGUAUUUAAUAAAGCAUUUAAAUGAAAACAGAAGCUCGUCAAUUUUACAGGAAUUUGAAUUUCUUAAAAAGAAUUAUGCUAACGUACGUCCGUUCGUGCUGCGCGCUGUUUUGGUGGAGCUGUGGAAGAGAACGGGUAUCCUCAGCGUAUUUCCACUAUACGAAUACUGUUGCAAAAGGAAAAUAUACACCCAGCAAAUUGGUCUUGAAGGACAUAUCACCGUGUGGAGCAAUACAUUGGUUGAAGAGGUGACCAUCACCUUUCAAGCUUUCAUACUGAAGAUGCUCAAAGGCAAAACUAUUCCUCGUCCUUUGAAAAUGGUUGUGCAGAAUUCGGAAGAAACGGACGAGGACGAUAUGAUACCUAAAUGUUUUAAAAAUAGUGUUUUAGAUGCCCAGUUAAAGAUUAUACUGGGUUUAAGCAAAGCUAGUCCUCCCAUAUCUUUAAAGGCAUCGCCGAUUAUACUUCUCAAUUAUGAAAUUGUUAAACGAUCUAUGGAGAUCAUGCGUCGUAUGAUUCCGAUAAACGCUGUAUAAAAUAUGCGUUCUUCUAUACUAAAAAUCGAGUUUUUAGAUUUAAAAAUAAACUUCAUUAAAUUUAAUAUCACUACAGUCCGUAAAA